GCCCUCAACCUCCUCCUGCCCACUGUCCAUACCCUCGUUCUAAAUAUCACGAAUGAUCAAUUUCGCAAGGCCGUCUUCCAAAACCUCCGUACCACCUGCUUGCACCUCAAAGUCUUGAAUUUAUAGGCGUGGUUGACACACUGGCAACCUCAGAAUUGGAGUCCCUCCUGUUCAGCUAUCCUGAGGGUCUCACCGAACUUUCGAUCAGAUGCUUCCGUGAAAACAUCUCAAACGCCUUGCUCGAGGCUAUCGCUGUGUGGCCACGUCUCCAAUACCUCACUCUCCAGAUAGGAUUCAAAAGCAUGCCUCUCCAUGCACCCCAGCCUUUUCAGGCACUUACUCACCUGCAUAUGUCAUGCGAGAGUCUGAGCCUUUUCUCAUCCUUGCUGCAUUCUAUUUCCGGGACGGAUUCUGGUACCUCCGGAUUCCCAAACCUCAAGAAAAUUUACAAUAUCGCACUCCAUUGCGGUCCCACCAGUAUCUGGUCCGAACUCCUCACUAUCCUCACACGCACAAAGCUAGAGCACAUCUCGAUCAUCGAGAAAUGUAAUCCUGAGCCCAAGCCGUGCUAUACAGGACCAACAUUUUUUGAGCUUCGCCCCUUCCUCGCCCGCCCUACCACACUCGUAAAUAUCAAAACCCUCCUCAUCUUCCCCGCCCACGGCGGAUCCAUUAUACUUACAGAUGCCGAUGUCCACACGCUUGCUCAUGCAUGCCCGCACCUCUAUUCUCUUAGCCUAGGGAAUCACAACACACCUGUGUCCUUGGGUGCCCUGGGUUACAUUGUGAGACGCUGUCGUGAGCUAUGCGAAAUCUCGCUACGUGUGGACGCGCGGCUCGAUGCGCUCGGCACAAUACCUCUGGACGAUGACGAGCAAAUGUAUCUACAACCCAAUAGACGUCUGAUGAGGCUAGCCAUUGGAGGGUCACCCAUUGCAUGUGUGGGUCCGUUGAACCCGCCGACUGCACCAGACCUGAUGAUGUCGAUCCCACGGUUCCUGCACAUGAUAGCACCGCGACUUGUCAAAAUAUCCUUAGAGUCGCAUUUCGUGUGGACACGUUACAGGUACAGGGAAAUGAAGACAGCGAAUGAUACGGAGAGGUGGGAGAAGGUGAAGGAUGUCUUGUCGGAGUUGGCACAAGGGGACACUGACUGAUGGUUUUGAUUUUCUUGUCGGUGAGAGCAAUGUCAUGAGUAGAAGAAUAUGUCAUAACACCACGCGGGCUACGAACAGCACAGCAAUACCUAGAGAAUUGACAAGUGUAAUAGUAUGGACGUAGUAUAUUGACCGCUGCUUAUCGAGUCCACCACUCUCGCGCUCUGGACCGAACGAGUAGCUUGAUCAAAAAGGCGCGGCUCGUGCUUGAGCUUCUCCGUUCAGCGCAAGAAAGGCUAGAAAAUCUGUGGUCAACUUGCUAGUGAUGAUUGUGAUAUGUAUUUUGCCAUACAUUGUGUUUAUCAUGUAAAUGAUCUCCAAAGGACAUAUUACCUACAAGUC